AUGUUUGGCAAAGACACUGCGAGAGUGGCCCUGGCGCGUGCACCGCGAUUCAGCCAUCCAAGCAACCGCGUCAAGCAAGCACAGCCAGUCGAGGAUGCGCCGUUUGCCCAGCCCAUUUCAUCCACCACAGCGAAGGCCAGCGGUCAAGGCAAAGAGGUGUCAAGUCGUACAGUAUGGCGGGGAUACCUAGCGAUUAAUGCAAACGUGGGGUCCAAAACAAGCGGUUUUUAA